AUGCUCGGACAUGCCAGAGUACCAUGGAAGCUUGCGCCAGGCGUGCGCUGCUCGCGACUUGCGCAUACUCUGAGGGCGAAUCAUGAAGACGCGAGGUGGCCAGGGUGGAAUGUGGUUGUCGGCAUCGAGGUUCACGCUCAGAUCAAAUCACGGACUAAGCUAUUCUCAAGUCAGUAUCUCUGCACGCCUUGGACAAUAGUCAGCACCUGGACGUCCGAUUACAGCCUCCCUCCGAACACGCGAGUCUCUGCCUAUGACGCCGCGUUCCCCGGCACCCUACCUCGUCUCAAUCCGAAAUGUGUUGAGCUCGGUGUCAGGACCGCCGUAGCGCUGAACGCCCAAGUUCAGCGACGGUCUGCGUUUGACCGAAAGCACUACUUCUACGCAGACCUGCCAGCUGGAUAUCAGAUUACACAGCACUACGCGCCGUUUGCCACCGGUGGCGGACUGAAACUGGACAGGAAAGAUGCAUUCGUGCGCAUCAAGCAAAUCCAAUUAGAACAGGAUACAGGGAAAUCAACAUUUGAACCACGUCAACAUGUCUCGUUCAUCGACUUGAAUAGGGCAGGCACAGGCCUCAUGGAGAUCGUAUCUGAACCAGACAUGCGUUCCCCAGAGGAGGCCGGCGAGUAUGUCAGAGCUCUGCAGGCUUUGCUUCGCUCAGUGGGCUCUAGUGACGGUAAUAUGGAACAAGGCUCUCUGCGUUGCGAUGUUAACGUCUCAGUUCACCGUAAUGGAAGCCCGUUCGGAACUCGCUGUGAGAUCAAGAACUUGAACAGUGUCAAGUUCAUGAUGGUGGCCAUUACGUCAGAAGUUCGUCGCCAGAUCGACCUCCUGGAGAGCGGACAGUCCGUAGCCCAGGAGACGCGCGGGUUCAACGAGGACAGAGCCGAAACGUAUUUACUGCGCAGCAAGGAGGAUGCCCCGGACUACAGAUACAUGCCCGAUCCCAACUUGCCACCGUUGCUCAUCGACGAGGCGUACAUCACACAAAUUCGGGACAAGAUGCCAGAAUUACCAGAUGCCACCCGCGCGCGACUGCAAGAUAUCGGCCUUUCUCGCAGAGAUACAGAUGUGCUCAUGGACGUCGAUUCCGGGCGCGAGGUCGGUCUCGACGGGGAGCUCGGCAAGGGUGCGGUAGCCUACUUUGAUCAGGUAGCUCAGGGACGCGAUCCGAAAGUGGUCGUGAACUGGAUCACACAUGAGCUGCUGGGACAACUGGCCUACCGAAAGGAAACUUUCUCUGAAAAUCCCAUAUCCGCAGAACAGAUGGGCGAGCUCAUCGACUUGAUACAAGCGGGCAAGAUGACCGGUACCUCAGGCAAGACGCUCCUGCGACAUAUGCUAGAUACACGUUCGUCGGGGGAGCCCUCGAAGCUGGCUGAGCAGCUCUCCCUGCUCGCUGUUCGCGAAGACAACACAUCUCUUGAAAAGUGGUGCACCGACGCGAUCGCGGCGAUGCCGCAGGAAGCAGAGGCGUUCCGGAAGGGCAACAUGAACGUGGUCAACAGAAUGGUCGGACGUGUUAUGAAAGCGAGUAGGGGCACUGCAGACGCACGAGCUGUGAGAGAUAUGCUCGUCAAAUUGUUGCAAUGA